AAGCGCAGCAACUCAUCCUCUCUAUUAUUAGAUUUCUUAAAAUUAGAGAAGAAGUUUAAGAAAAAAAAAAAGAACCAUUUUAAAAAUAACCUUGUUGAGUUACAGGCUUUGAAACCAUGUUAGUGUGGGUUACAAAUCAACCUUAAAUGCUAGAAGAAGGGCACUGGUUCUGCAGUUGCAUUGCUUUUCUCUGGAGUUGACAGACUGUGACCUACGUGUAGCUCACAGUAAGUGGUCAUUAAGGUUUCCCUGCCUCUCUUCAGGCCAGUAAUCUGGAUUUAUAUGAUAAAAAAAGAAAAAUCCUUUGCUCUUGGCAGAGUGAAAGAUUAGCACUUUCACUGGAACCUUUAGAUAGCUUAGUCUUUAUGUUGCAAAAUCUCCUACAAUUGCUAAUGCUGGUUCAAUUUCGCCUUUGUUUGUAACGUUGGUGGAUGGGCCGCUGGCUGUAACUGAUGUCUUAAACAAAUUAUUUACCCCUGCUUGAUUAUGGUAACCCAUCAACAACAUUGGGGGCCUUGGUGUGUAAACACCAGUGGAGGCUAACCAGUGUUGGUAAUGGUGGUCAAAUUUUGCAGAGUUCACACCACUACUACAACUGUAUCUCUAUUACAGCAUCUUUAAGUUCGUUACCCCUUGAUAUAACUCUUAAUUAUUACUGCAGUUGUUUUAGCAUCUAUUUAUUUCUUUUCAAAGAAUACCUUCUCCCAUGUUGAAUGUUAGGGUUUGUGGGAGCUAGGCUCAUUAGCAUUAUACUUCUUUGCUCACCCCAAGAUACUUUUAUUCGUCGAUUCCAAGGCCAGAAGGAACCAUUGUGAUCUUCUAGCCUGACCUCCCAUAAAACAUAGGUCAUAGAACUUCCCCAAAUAAUUCCUAGAGCAUAAGUUUUAGAAAAACAUCCAUUCUUGAUUUAAAAAUUUAUCAGUGAUGGAGAAUCCACCACAACCCUUGGUAAACUGUUCCAAUGAUUAAUUACCCUCACUUAAAAAUGUAUAUGUUAUUUCCACUAUGAAUUUGUUUAGCUUCAACUUCCAGCCAUUGGAUCGUGUUAUACCCUUUUCUGCUAGAGUGAGAGUCCAUUAUUAAAUAUUUGCUCCUCAUGUAGAUACUUAUAGACUAUAAUCAGUUUUCCCCUAAACCUUCUCCUUGUUAAGCUAAAUGGAUUGAGCUGUUUGAGUCUGUCAUUAUAAGGCAUGUUUUCAGAUCCUUAAUCAUUCUCAUGGCUCUUCUCUGAACCCUCUCUGUUGCAUGCUGGAGUGUCUAAUGCAAUUAGUGAGAGCUGGCGCUACUGUAAAUGCCUGUACAACACGUUUUGCCCAAACACCAGCCCAUAUUGCUGCUUUUGGAGGACAUCCUCAGUGCCUGAUCUGGUUGGUUCAAGCAGGGGCCAACAUAAACAAGCAGGAUUAUGUUGGUGAAACCCCUAUUCAUAAAGCAGCACGUUCUGGUAGUAUGGAUUCCUUAAGUGCCCUUGUAGCUCAUGGAGCUCAAAUAGACUUGAGAAAUGCCAGUGGACUGACAGCAGCAGAUCUUGCGCAUACCCAGGGUUUCCAAGAGUGUGCCCAGUUUCUCUUGAACCUCCAGAACUGUCACCUGAACCGUUUCUUUAGCAAUGGCGCGUUAAAUGGAGGUCCCAAUCCAGUCAAUGGUGGGACAAGUCGAAAGAGAUCCUUUGAAGAUGUGGAUUCUGCUGGAGUAAAGAAAGCUAGGAUUGAAGCUCAUAGCUUUGAUGGCUUAAUACCAAUGAUGAAUGGAGGAAAUGAGGAUGAUGCUGACAAUAUGCACAUUGAUAAAGAGGUUGCUGUUGUAUCAGAUAUGAAUAGCAGUAGCUCCGUUUUGAAUGCAUUGACAAAUGGAUGUACCAUCAAUGGACAUUUGGACUUCACCACCAUAACACAGUUCAAUGGAAUGGAUUCCAGGCAUGAAGAAUGUUUAACAUUAAGACCUAAUGGAAUAACUUCUGGAGUAGCUUCUGCCAAUAGGCACAGAAUUCACACCUGUAAUGGCACUGAAGAACCAGAAAAAGCCAUGAAUACUUCUGCCGAUAUGUGUGGUUCACUGCAUCUGAAUGGAAGCCCAAGUAGCUUUGUGUCUAACAGGCCCUCAUGGGCUGAAGAUCUUGGAGAUACUUUGCACUAUGGGCAUUAUCAUGGUUUUGGGGAUACUGCUGAAAGCAUCCCUGAACUUAACAGUGUUGUUGAGCAUUCCAAUUCUGUUAAAGUUGAACAGAAAUAUGAUAAUACUGUCUUAGGCACAAUGUAUCUUUAUCAUGGUUCCUAAAUCAACAUCUUGUUUGUCAAAUUCAUAUUGAAAUUGCUAGCAAAUGUUUGAGAGGGACAAAAAAUCCUCAUCUAGCAUUAAAUCUGAAAAAUGCACCUAUUACUAUUUUUACACUUUGUUUAUAUAAAAAGUAAAUCUUUCAUUUGACAGUCUUAUACUAUAGUUCUAAUUUGUUGCAUGUAUGAGGCUUAUCUAGUGAUGCAAGUAGGUGGUGUUACAAUGAAAUGUUUAUUCUUUGCAUUUUACUAUAGAAUGUUGUGGUUUUGUACUUGUUCGUUUAUUUGUUUUUUUUUUAUUUUAUUUCCAAGCUAGUGAACACUAUCUUUCCCCUUCUUAAAAGUGUUUUCCCUCUUAUUAAUAUGAUCAAACUGUAUUGAAUUUUGUGCAGAAAACAAGUUGUGUUUGUGUAUCAAUCUUGAAGUAAAUAUUUUCCUUUUUUGUAUUUUCUGCUGAAGCUAUGGUAGCGAUAUCAAUGCCAGCUGUCACUAUGCAAGGUUUGAAAAGUGUUGUUCUUAAAGGAGCUUCUCUGAUUUACGAAUUUGUAUGUUUCUUUAAUAGAAUUGGAACUUCAUCUUUUCGUUCUAUGACAAAUGAAAUGUUAAAAAUGCAAAGACAAGUUAGAAACAUUUUUCAAUUUAGUGUAGCAUAGGAAUUCUUUUCUUCAUUGUUAGGGCCCUUUGCAUUAUAGAAGUGGAAAAGCAGAUUACCUAUGGUCAGUUGCAAGUGAGAGUGUGCUUCAGCAUUGGUUCUGAUUUAUGGCUUUUUUUUUUAUUUUGCUUCUCUACUUUACUUAUGUGUUUGAUAUUUUACCAUAGCUCACAGCCUGGAUGCAUGUUGGCACUGUUUUUGCUUUUUAUGCAAUUUAAAAUUACUGCUACUUGUUAUAGAAAUAGUCAGGUCAAAAUAUUUGACUGAUUUUGAUAUACUGUACAUAUAUUUUGUUUGCUUUGUGUUUUUUACAACUGUUUUGAAAAUCUAAUGCCGUGUAUAUCUAGCCAGUUAAGAUACUUUUAGGGCUUUGUUCACUGAAAAUACAUUGUAUUUAAAUCCUGUAACACAAGUAAAAAUUCAUACAAGUGCUCUGUAUACACAUUAAUAAUGUAAGAUACUACUUUUGUGAUUUGAUAAAAGAAUGGUGGGAGAAUAUAUUAAACAAGAGAGAAACCCA